AUGUCAACAUCAAAAUUGACUUUGCGCAAAAUAGAUAAAAACAUAGAAAGCUUUUUAGAAACGCAGAUAACGUCAAAAGAUUGUAAAAUGGAAAAUCCUACGACUACAAAAGUUUUAGAUGAAUUUCCAUUAAAAAAUCUUGAUGAUCUAAUGGUUGUGGAACAUAGAUUAAAGAAAGACAAAAUUUUUCAUUCUAAUUUGGUCAAUGCUUUACAUUUGGCAGUCGUAGGUGAAUCACUUAAAAAAAAAGUUAAUGCUGUGCUUCGAAUGGUUAUGAAUGAUAAGCUGGCAAGUUUUUUUAAUUGGAAGGGUCAACGUGGAACUAAACUAAAGUUAUCGAAACGCAGAAUAUCGAAAAUAAUGAUUG